UCCUUGCUGCUCACCAUGGCCGUGAGCGACUUUGACUACUUUGGCAUCAUCUCAGCCGUCUAUCAGCUGAUCCAAAUCAUCAUCUCCUGGGCUUUCUCCCCUCUCCCUCCUCAAGAUCAUGAACAACAGAAGCCCCUCGGCCGUGUCGCCAUCAUAGGCGCCGGUAUCACUGGCAUUUCGUCAGCGGCUCAUCUGAUCGGCGCCGGCUUCGAGGUCACCAUCUUCGACGAUGCGGAGACAAUUGGUGGCAUCUGGAGCAAGGUCAACAAGACGAGCGGCCUCCAGAUCAGUAGCCUGAUGUACCGCUGGUUCCCCGCCGUCAAGUACACGCGUGGGUACCCUCGUCGCGACGAAAUCCUCGAGAACGUCAAGAACAUCUGGAAGCUCUAUCAGCUUGAUCAGCGCACACGCCUCAAGACGCGCGUUAAGUCGGUAACCCGCCACCAGUCGUCGACGGAUCCUGCGAAAGGUGGACACUCGCGCUGGGUCAUCAAUGGUGACCAGAGCGAGGUCUACGACGGUCUUGUCGUGGCUACGGGAACGUGCGGCAAGCCCAAGAUGAUUGAUCUGCCCAACCAAGAGAAGUUCAUGGGCAAGAUCGUCCACUCGUCGCACCUCGACGGCGUUGAGCUUAAGAACAAGAACGUACUCAUCGUAGGCGGUGGAGCCAGCGGCAUUGAAGCUCUCGAGCUGGCUGUAGCCAAGGGAGCAAAGAAGCCCACGAUCCUCGCAAGAUCGGACAAGUGGAUCAUCCCCCGCCUCACCCUCGUCGACGUGGCCCUUUCCCUCAACCCGCUGGGACGUGAGACUUUCCUGUCCAAAAUCCCCGAAUUCCUUCUCGCCAAAUUGCACUAUCGCGACUUGGAAGAGAAGAUGGCUCCGACGGGACCGUUCUACGCUGGCACGCCGAUUGUCAACUCAUCGGCGCUGCAGGACAUUCGGGAGGGCAAGGCAGACUAUUUGCGCGGCGACGUCCUCGAGCUGACGAGCAAGUCGAUUCGCUUCAACAAGCGUACGCGAGGGACCAAGCCCGAGUCAAAGGGACGAGAGAUGAACCUCGAUGCCGACGUGAUUGUCAUCGCGACGGGCUUCGAUGUUCCCUCGCUCGACUUUUUGCCCAAGGACCUCUUCCCUGAAGACUACCAGCGUCCCAACCUCUACUUGCACCACUUCUCUGUCAAGGACACAAGCGUCGUAUGCACCAACGCUGCUUUUGUCGGUGCGGUCGGCACCGUGGGGCAUGUGCACAUCGGUGUAUACGCCCGUAUCCUAGCCAUGUUCCUCCUAGAGCCCUCUACUCGCCCUUCGACGAAGGACGCUCGUCUCUGGGUCGACUUCAUCCGUUGGUUCAAGGCAAAUGCUCCGGGAGGUGCUCUGUCCCACUUUUCGUACAUGGAGAUGUGCAUCUGGAUGGUCUCGUUCCCCUUCUUCCGCCCAUCGCGCUUGCCUUACCUCUUCUUCUGCCUGUUUGGUUUGGGAUAUUGGCACGUCGAGGGACCGCAGGACAAGGCGGUCUUCCAUUGGUCGGUGACGAAGCUGAUCCCUCACUUUAGGGCCAAGAGCUCUCGCAUCCGUAAGCAGAGGAUUGGAGGUCCGGACGCCGUCAAGGUGAAUGGGGCGUGACCGCGACUUGACGUGACCGCGACGUGACGUGCCCGAUAUCCCAUUCUUCGCUUGUGCUCUUUCUUUGCGACGAAUCGAGAAUUCUCAUGC